GAAAUGCAAUCUCAAACUUGCAGCAGUCCCAUUUUAUGCGGGAAGAAAUGCAACUGCACAAAAAUUGUAGCAGCCUUUUAGUAAAAUCGAACAAAAUUACCAAAAGGGUUCUUGGGACAAUCAAGGCUGGAAUGAUCUUGUUCAGGUAGAUCUAUGAACCUGAGAACAAUCUUCUCUCCAAUGCUGCCUCCUGCCGAGCCACAUCUACUCUGGCUGGGCCUGAGUCCAGGCGCGGGACUAGCACCAGACCUUAAUUUCACUCCCCGGCGUCUUCGAGGCUUUUUCCCGCCAAAGGCCAGGUUUCCGCCCCUCGGAGGCCCGGGCGCAGGCGGGACUGCGCAUGUGCGGGGCCCGGCCAGCGGAUAAACCCCCUGCGGCUCCACAGACGACGAACCAUGGCGGAGAUGGAAGCGAGCCUGUUGCGCCAGUGCCCGCUGCUUCUGCCUCAGAACCGAGCGAAAACAGUGUACGAAGGAUUCAUUUCGGCUCAGGGUUUAUGGAGCAUUUUGGAUUUGGACGUGAUUUUCACCUUAGAAUAGUGUUGCCUGAAGAUUUACAAAUGAAGAAUGCAAGAUUAUUAUGUAGUUGGCAACUGAGAGCAAUACUUAAUGGAUACCAUCAAAUAGUACAACAGAGAAUGCAGCACUCUCCUGAUCUAAUGAGCUUUAUGAUGGAGUUGAAGAUGAUUUUGGAGGUUGCUUUAAAGAAUAAGCAGGAGUUGUAUGCGCCACCUCCUCCUCCCCAGUUCUACGCAAGCCUUAUUGAAGAGAUAGGAACUCUUGGUUGGGAUAAACUUGUAUAUGUGGAUACUUGUCUCAGUACCAUCAAGUUAAAAGCUGAAGAUGCUUCUGGUAGAAAGCAUCUAAUUACCCUCAAGUUGAAGGCAAAGUACCCUGCAGAAUCACCAGAUUGUUUUGUGGAUUUUCCUGUUUCAUUUUCUGUUUCCUGGACACCACAGAGCUCCUUAAUAAACAUUUACGGUCAGUUUUUGGCAGCCUUAGAAUCACUGAAGGCAUUCUGGGAUGUUAUGGAUGAAAUCGAUGAGAAGACUUGGGUACUUGAGCCAGAAAAACCUACCCGGAGUGCAACAGCACGCAGAAUUGCACUAGGAAAUAAUGCUUCAAUAAAUAUAAACGUUGACCCCAGGCAUCCUACUAUGCUUCCUGAGUGCUGCUUUCUUGGAGCAGACCAUGUGGUAAAACCUCUGGGAAUUAAGCUGAGCAGAAACAUACAUUUGUGGGAUCCAGAAAAUAGUCUGUUACAAAACUUGAAAGAUGUUUUAGAAAUAGAUUUUCCAGCUCGUGCUAACCUGGAAAAAUCUGAUUUUUCUAUGGAUUGUGGGAUUUGUUAUGCCUAUCAACUUGAUGGCGCCAUUCCUGAUCAAGUGUGUGAUAAUUCCCAUUGUGGACAGCCUUUCCAUCAAAUAUGCUUAUAUGAGUGGUUGAGAGGACUACUGACUAGUAGACAAAGUUUUAACAUCAUAUUUGGUGAAUGCCCAUAUUGUAGCAAGCCAAUUACCUUGAAAAUGUCUGGAAGGAAAUCCUGAAAUAAGAACGUAACAUUUCUGUGAAGAACUGGCAACUUGAAAAAUUAUCAAAAGGAUUUUAUUUGAUAUCUUCACAGAAAAUAUAAAGCAAGACAUACUAAAG